AUGGACCACGACCACAAGCCAACUGAGCUGUCGCGAGAACGUGCGGCCUCUUCAGAGCCUUGCUCAACUCGGCCCAAUCCCUUCGACGAAACCGAGACUUCUUCUAGAAAACGACAACGCGUCUCCCGUGGAGGCUCUCGCAGCCAGUCCGUGGAUACCUCCCGCAAUUCAGAUAUUGGCUCCCCGUCCAGAUCCAGAUCUCCCCGCGCCGGCAGCACCAGCACCAGCACCAGCAGCGAAGCCGACCCUGCCCUGCCUCGCACUCCCACACGAAUCCCCUCCAAAUCCCCGCUGCCGGAACCUACGUCCAGCAGAGUCACCAUCAAUCUGCGGACCGCCCGCCCUCUUGAGUCGAUCCCCUCGUCCCCACCUUCUCCGACUACCCCUUCCAAGAUGGUCGACGGCGGAGAGGACUCAGGUACAAGAGUUAGCGUGGGGUCUGAGAGUGAUGCAGAUGCCUUGUCUGCUAUCCCACCAAUCGAGACACCUUCAUCCUCACCAUCUGCGACCGGGAGUCCCACAAUUGAACUGGUGCCGAUAAGUGAGGACGAUGAGGAUUUCGAAGGCAGGAGCCCACCGGUUGCUAUCUUUGAUGGGGACGCGGUCUUAAGUGAUCCCAUGCCCGACUUCCCAUAUCUUGGAGAUGAUUCUUUAGUUGACGGUGCGCGGAAAGUGGCUCGUUAUCUACAAUUCGAUGAUGUUCCCUCAGAAGAGGCCUUUUGCAAGCUCCGAGACUGGAUGGAAAAAUACUUGCUAUUUACAACUGAUUCUCAAACGCGGUAUGAAAAUUAUACCAAAUAUCGAGAGUUCUGGCCGGUAUUCCCUGAGAUAUUUUGGGCGCUGAAUGCACGGAGCCGCUUCUUUGGCCAGUUCCUUCAACGAAGCCGACCAGGACGCCAGGCCGUGACAGAUAUGUUUUGCCAAUUUUCUAGGAUCACCGGCCGAUUUGUGUCUAUGGAUGUGAAAACCCUCGCAUUCCAUACCCAGGACGAGAAUAUUGACCAAGAGCCCGACCUUAGUUCUCGGAAAAUUCUUUCGGCUUAUGGUUUUCUACUUCGGAAAGAGGAGCCGUCCCAUAUUGGCAAGAAUCUAGAAACACACUAUAACUGGAACUGGGAUGAUGAUGUCGCCUUGAUGACAAGCAAUUUUCAAGCAGAAGGAGGGUCAAUCCCAAACCUGACGAAGUUGGUUAGGGGCCAGCUUAGGUUGAUUCCUCGCUUGCCAAAGUCCAUUGACAGCCUGGUAGACCCUUGUCGGUUGGUUGCCAAGACCGUGAUUGAUGCAGCAGGUAUUCUAGAGGAGUUGCCUGGUCGACAAUAUGUCGAAAGCACUCGACAGCAUCUCUCCCAAGGAUACGAGUUCUUCAAAGUUAUGUCCGCCGGCUUAGAGUUGAUCAUCGACAAACAUGUGACUUGUCUAGCACCUGAUGCGGCCCACCAUCAUUUGGUGAGCCUAACACACGUUCUAAGUCAUAGUUUUGCUUCGGAGAACGAUGCGAUUCGAGAACUACUCGAACGCCGACAACAGGAACACCCCCAACUUUCUAGAAAGCAAUUACCCAAAGUUAUUUCAUACGAGUGGAGAUUUACUAUUCUGGAGAAGCUUCUCACGUCGGCGCAAAUGCAAUUACGCGUGGUUGGAGUAACGACAAUGUGCGGAGACCUGCUUCAUCUCUACAACACGAGCAAGGGAGAUGAUCCACCUCGAAGCCCAGUGCUCCUCUCCUUUGCCAAUUUCGUCCUCGAACACAAGCUUGUUGAUUAUAUCGUUGGCAUUGGAUCUCAUCCCGAGAUCAUCAACGAGAGCCACAAUAUCCUAGGAUUUUUAAUCGUGACGAAAACUUACACUGCUCAGGUGACCGAUAGGAUAUGGCAGACAGUUAUGAGCAGUCAGGACCCCAGAGUGGUGGAAUCAAUUCUGCGAAUGAUCAAGCAGUGUAUGAAUCUGUACGAUUACCAAGCUCUCCUCUAUAUCUGCCAGAAAGCAGGUGAUCUUCCCAUCGAGGCAUUCAACACACACAUGCGCGACUUUUGCGAACAUCUUCUCCGAAAUAUCAUCACCAAAGGCAUCCAAGAUGGCAUCCAGCAUGUUGAUGCUGCACCAUAUGAUUUAUGCGUUAGGCUCAUUCGCGAGUCGUCAAUUACCACUGCGGAGUCUCCGGCUGGGCACCUAGAAAUCCAAAACUUUGCAGUGCCACGUUUCCGUGACCUUCUGGUGCAUGGGCCCACAGGCAGUACGCGCAAGUCGAUAUAUGAAAGCUGCAUAGAGGAUAUAUCCUUGCGAACUUCCACGGCACCAGGCAGCAUCUGCAUUCUCAAUGUCCUUCUCCGGCCAAACUUGGCGACCGACUUGCAUCUACUGACGGCUGAGCAUGGUCUCACGAGAUUACUUGUCGAAGAACUAGAGCAUUCUACUAUGAGCGAUCAGCAUUCACCUGAGAAAAGCACCCCGGCAAGUCUAGCACGUCGAGAAUUGCUCCACUUAGUAAUAUUGCAAGAACCGGGUACUAUCUCGCCGGAUCUUGGGCAGCGUCUUUGGGCGAAUCUCGUGGGUAGCGAAUCUCAAAACGCUGUCCACCGCAACACAGCAUGGACAAUUUUCAAUAGUGCAGCAAAGAAGUCCCCGAACAAUAUCUUCAUUUCAACUUGCUUCGAGGAAUACCUCCCAAACCUGCCCCCCCACUGCUUUACGACUGGAGCGUUGGAAUUUGCGCGAGCAGCGGUUACAGCUUGGCUUGAGGAGGCCACUAAUGAUUUCCCUGACAAUGAUUCAUUUGAAUCACCUGCACUUGAGCAGAUAUGGCGGAUGAUCUUGAAUGCACCUCCGAACACGAUCGAUGCUGCAGCCAUCAACAUACUCGUCGAAGUUUACGUUGAUAACCCCCUCAUUGCUUCUGUGCCACGACCUAGAGCGAGGAAUAUCCAUCUCGCCCUGGUUGAUCGCUGCUUGAGGCAGCUGGCAGCAGCAGCAUCCAAACUCAAGUCAUUUGGCGAUGGCGCAUUGAGUGGGGAAGAGGAUGGCAUGGUCAUAGUUCCCUCCGAAGCCCAAUUUCAGGAACAGGAGAGAAUAUUUGCGAGGUCUUUGGCUGUUUUGCGGGAGUUCUUGAAGUCAUACCAGUCCAAGCCGCACUUUGCGAUACCCAAACCCAAAGUUUCUGUGUCGGCUGCAUCGAGUGCCAUAGAGGGCGAUCCGUUAACUGUCAAAUAUCAGUCGUUCGAUGGUAACACUCACACUGAAAUCAGGAGCCUAACCCUCGGCAAAUUAAACACGGCUGCGUCUCUCUUUGCCAGCCUUCAGAAGGCUACCGGCUUUCAGAAUUACAAAGUCUACUACGGAGGGAAAGAAUUCGACCCGGAUGAGAUCGAAGUUUGCAAAUCGCUUGCGGACUUAAAUCUUAAUGGCCUGGUGUUGAUCCAACGUUGUGAUAAUACUGAUGGCUCUGUUGCAUCGGACGGCAACAAGAUGACACUCGAAUUAGAGAUCAUGAAACACUUUGAACAGCUGUGGAGUUGCUUGAGCAUGCAUGAGAGUGUCGCUAAGGAGAUAUACUACUUCUUAAUCAAGUUCCCCGUUUAUGAUCGUCUACUCACGGAUUUUGACUCCGAGGCAACAUCCUAUACCGAAAUCUUUCCUCAGGGCCAGCCAUUCAAGUCACUAUAUGCGAUACAUACACUUCGAGAAUACAUUGCAGGCCAAUCUCAAAAAGGGGGGGUCAAGAGCUCGGCAAUGGCGAGAGCGAUUUCAUUGGUCGUUGCCGCAAUUUCGGACCCGGAUGUCCUUGGAUCCUCUGGAAGCGAAGAGCUGAGAGACUGCCUUGCACUCCAUCUAAUUGAUUGCUUGGUGCAAUUCCUGAAGGAACCGAUACUACCUGUCUCCAUAGCUCCCUAUCUCAACGAAACUUUGCAAGAACGGCUUUUGCAACUCCUCUACGACACAAAAUCAGCUGCAACUACACCAAACUCUGUGCAUCUGACCUGGAGUAUAUUUGAGGCACUUUUAGAGGCCUCGCUUCAUAAUUCCGACUUAUGGAAUUCUUUUGUGUCCCACCUAAAGCGGAAGAGCCUGCUCCGUGAUUUACUCCUCGAGGAUCCGCGGCCAGUUAUUAGGAAGAGUGUAGUGAAGCAAAUUGUUAACAAGUGCACCUUUACGCCAAGCCUUGCUCAGGUUUCUACCAUGAGCUUCGUGGUAGAAUUUUGGCCCAUGGUAGCUACCUUAAUUCUGGAGGCUGCUCACCAACCCCUGCAUUGCGAGGAGAUAUUUUUCCUUGGCCAGACAUUGUUCAAGAAGCUGGCUGAGACAUCACUUGAGUUUCUAAACCUCGAAGAUCUUGUCAAACACUGGGGUUCUCUACUUCUCUCACACGAGUGUAACGAGAGUGUCGGUCAUCCAGAAAGUAUUGACUUGGUGGCUCAAGGCUUGACGAACCUUCUGUUGUGUGCCACCUCAUUCGCAAAGGCAUCUCAGCAAUCCAUGUCAUGCAGUUCUAUUGGAACCCAGCUGUUUCAGAAGCACCUGUUUCCAGCGACGCAUCUUGCAGAGAGCUACGAUAACGACACCGCCUUUUUGCCACGAAUUCCCUUAUUGAAUCCAAUAACUCGACAUGCCAUGUCUGAAACAGUAUUCUCGCUCGUUAAGGACAAUCCUGUUCAAUACGAAAUUAUAUUGAAAAAUAUAUCGGAUCUCGUGCCAUACGAUGACGCUAUUGAAGAUGGUACGUACGAGCUUAUCCAAGGAAAUAACGCAGCUGACGUUCGACAAGGGCCAUAUCACUAUGACUUGCCUUAUUUGUUUGAUAGGAGCAAAUCUAUUAGAUCACCCACCGGUUAUGUGGGAUUGAGGAACCUCUCAAAUACCUGCUACCUCAAUUCUCUUUUUACGCAACUUUUCAUGAAUGUUCCCUUUCGAGAGUUCAUGUUGAAUGCCCUAGUUGCCGAUGGGGGUGCUUCCCAGAAGCUGCUGUCUGAGACACAGAUACUCUUUGCAAAUAUGCAGAACAGUCUUACGAGAUUUGUGGAUCCUCAAAAUCUUGCUAGCUCCAUCCGUACCUACGAUGAGACGCCCAUAGAUGUGACUAUCCAGAUGGAUGUCGAUGAAUUCUACAACCUCCUCUUUGAUCGUUGGGAAAGCCAGAUCCUCGCUUCUGAGGCAAAGAAGAAGUUCCGAUCUUUCUAUGGUGGCCAGCUAGUACAGCAAGUCAAGUCGAAGGAAUGCCCCCACAUCUCUGAGCGACUAGAGGUGUUUUCAGCGAUCCAAUGUGACAUCAAAGGCAAGAGCAGCUUAGAGGAGAGUCUUCAAGCUUAUGUUGAUGGCGAGAUAAUGGAAGGAGACAACAAAUACAAGUGCUCGACGUGCGAUCGACAUGUUGACGCUGUUAAGCGAGCAUGCCUGAAAGACAUCCCAGACAAUCUGAUCUUCCAUUUAAAGAGAUUUGACUUCAACUUGAGAACUCUGCAACGCAGUAAGAUCAACGAUUAUUUUUCAUUUCCCAACAAGCUUGACAUGCGACCCUACAAGGUGGAACAUCUCAUGGACAGCCCCGAAGACAUCCCAGAGGACAUAUUUGAGUUAGUCGGUAUUCUGGUCCAUGCUGGAACCGCCGAAUCUGGACAUUAUUACUCCUACAUCCGCGAGAGACCUUCGACCGGCGACAAGGACAACUGGGUUGAAUUUAACGAUGACUCAGUUACCCCAUGGGAGCCAAGUUGUAUGGAUAACUCUUGCUUUGGAGGCAUUGACUAUCGCAGUUCUGUCGAUAACGGCAAUAUGACGUACGACAAAAAUUAUAGCGCGUACAUGCUGUUUUAUCAGCGGUCGUCUGUUCUUGCUGCUCAAAAGCAGACCCUGGAGAAGUCUCAAUUAGCAAGUCCUAUUCGACUACCCCUACCCGCAGGGAUUUCUAACCAAAUUUCAAUGGAGAAUGAACUGCUAAUGCGGAAAUAUUGUCUCUACGAUCCAUCACAUAUAGCAUUCGUUUCUAAGAUGCUAUUGAACGUCAAGAAGCUUGGCGGUGGCCAGUGUUCUCUCCAACACCAGCGGGAGCGGACCGCCAUGUUCGCUGCCCUCAAUCACCUGGAUCAAGUCGUUGCUCGAACUAAAGACAUUCCUGAUUUUCAGACUUUUUCUGUUGCGAUCAGGCAGGUGUGCAACAGCUGUGUAGAGUGUACUCGGGACAACCUGGAAUGGUUUAGUGGGUAUCCCGAAGCGCUUCGCCAUCUGCUCCUACGAAACCCCGAUACCGUGGUUCGCAAUGAGACUGCUUCUUCCAUCCUCGCGUCCUUGAUCAAGGUAAAAGCAGAGGCACCUUAUGCGUAUGGAUUCAAUGAAGAUGAAUCUGUCUCAGAGGAAGAGGCAGACAAUGACCCACAGCUCAUCCAGGGAGUCGUCGGGGGUCUCAACCGACUCUGGGAUAUGUUUCAUUCCAACUGCCGUGCUUGGCCAGAGUACUUUGGCCUCCUAGUUAGCAUUGCUACUCUUGGGGAAUUAGAAGCUGCCCUCCUCUUGGACAGGGGUUAUCUUCGGAGGACUCUAGAGAUUGUUAGUGCUGAUCCUCUGUUGAACCUUACGCCUCAGCUCUCACGGAUGCUUAAUAUCAUCUCCAAGCGCGUAGCUACAAGACCAGUGUCGUUUGAUAGUGUCAUUGGACUUCUUCAUAGGCUGUUGGAAGUUUGCGAUUUCUCACAAGACCCGCUACUUGACCAUGCGCAACGUUUCGACCUAGCAGCCAAUGGGGAACCGAUUCCACUGACUACCAUGGAGCGCGAUUAUCUGACGCAGCAUUGGACCAAAAGUAACUCGCAUAUCCUUGUUGAAAAACUUCUACAGAUCAACCAGAAUCAACCGGCGACCAGGAGCAUCCUCAUCAUGUUACUGCUGUGGCCAGAAGAUGAUCUUGAUGUCUUUAUCCACCAAGCUAUUAUGCAUGGCAUCAGAAAGGGGACGACCGGGAUUAGCUGCGGCGCAUUCCUAAGAGCAGCUCUGGUGUAUUGUGAAUAUUCGGAGUCAUCUAGGUUGAGUUACUUGAUACAGCAUAUAUCAAAGAUUGCGAGCCAUCUUGACAAUGCCGAUGGCAAGGAAUUUUUACGAUUCUUCCAAGGAAUUGUUAAAUUGCCGUCUACCAGGAACAUCGACAUCCCGCCCAAGCUGAUCUUCAAGCUUUGCCUAGAUGAGAUUCGGUAUUGGGGCCCAGGUUUGCUGACCUACUAUGACCAUAUUGUCAGGACCGAGACGGAAGAGUUUCUCCAAGAGCUAAUUUUCGGACAAGGAGCUGAUACUGCCUAUGGAUCAUCUCUUGAAGACGCUGAGAUGGCAACACUGGUUACUGAAGCGGCGCAGAGGCUCGGCAUCGCUUGUCUUGAUUACUUGAACGAUGCCUAUGUUCAGCCACGCCAGCAAGCUGUUAGGGCGACUCUGGUCAGCAUCUUGACCGUGAUUGAAAACUGCGAAAUGUUCUUUGAUGAGGAGAAGAUGGAUCUUCUGACGCGUCGGUUCUACGACCUCAGAGCAUCUGUACUUCCUGCUCUCAAGAAAUACACUGUCGAUGAAGCAGAUGAGGAGGUCUCUGACUGGGCCGGAUCAGAUGAUGAGUAUGGCUCAUCUGAACCCAUGGGCGAAAGCAUCACUGAGCUCUGUGCACCUCUCGCAGAUGACCUCAAUGACGCAGAGGUUCAGCUCUAA